CACUGAACUUUUAAUGAGGCAAACAAUUGGAAGCAUCGGCAGUUGCUGGCUUGAGUCACACCAGGACGCUGCGAUCUCCACAAUAACCGCCGACUCGCAUCGUCCUGGGAUCCGCCUCUCCAGCAUCUAUUUGCGGUGUAAAGCCGGUGCUCAAGCCGGGGCUCCGUAGUACUCGAUGUGGAUGUAGCGCCGUUUUCAGACACAGCAACUUUUAUUUCAACUAUUUUUUUUUAAAGCGGGAUUUCAAGCAUGGACUCUUUCGGCGACUCUGCGCGGGACAACAACAACAAGCCCCCCGCGUGUCAGUGCGCACCCAAGCCGGCUGUCUGCCGCUGGUCCCCCGGUGCGCCCCUGGCCGUGUGCACGCUGCUGUCCCUCUGCUCCGUCAGCCUGUGUCUGCUGCUGGGACUCAAGACGCACCGGCUGCAGAUGGAGAUGGACCGAGUGCCCGCCUUCCACCCGCCGCUCGGGGCUCUCCUCAACCAGGACGGGAGCCUGAGCGCCUCCGUGGGGAAACUCCUGGAAGAGAAAGUCAUGAUGCUCCUGCCAAAGAUGCGAUCAACGCGAGAUGUCGGCCAGGAGUGCGUCUGUCCACCAGGGCCUCCCGGGAAGCGUGGAAGGAUGGGAAGGAGAGGGGAAGCGGGUAAGUGAAUCCCACCACCUGGCAAGGCGGGACGGGAUGGAUACCCGGGUCCACUUGGCCUGGAUGGCAAACCAGGUCUACCGGGUCUCAAGGGAAGCCAGGGACCACAGGGGCCCAAGGGAGACAAGGGUGACCAAGGAGACAUCGGGCCGAGGAUGGUCUAUCCUCGAUACGAUCACGGCUUUCUCUCUGGCGACCAGUCCAGCACCUUUCAGAGACGGUUUCUGAAGGGUGACCAAGGCCAGGCUGGACCUGCUGGCCCUCCUGGCCCCCCGGGUCCCCCAGGUGCAAGAGGCCCCCCUGGGAACACAGGCAAAGACGGACCCCGUGGCCAAACGGGAGAACCAGGAUUACCAGGUCGUGAUGGCAUUGAGGGACCUCAAGGAUUGCAAGGGAAGCCGGGGGAAGAUGGUGAGCCAGGAUUUCCAGGACCACAGGGUCCUCCGGGGGCAAAGGGUGAAGCAGGUACGGGAGGAAAGGGAGAGCGAGGCAUGGACGGACUACCAGGAUUAAAAGGGGAUAAAGGAGGAAUAGGAGAUCAAGGCCCCAUGGGUUAUCCUGGUGAAAAGGGCAUAUCGGGCUCCUCUGACAUCAUCGACUUUAACGGGAAGCUUCUUGACGCUUUCCAGGCCAUCAACACGAUCAGUAUUUCGGGCCCACCUGGACCACCAGGUCCCCGAGGUUCUCAAGGAGAAAAGGGGGAGCUCGGUUUACCGGGGCCGGCUGGAUUGGACGGCCAGAAGGGAUCUAAAGGUGACAUCGGAGAAAUAGGACAGCAAGGGGAAAGAGGAGAAAAGGGAGAGAUGGGUCUAUCCGGGCCUGCGGGUAUGGAUGGACAGAAAGGAGAGAAGGGCGACUGCAGACUGGAUGACAACUUGGUUCAAAUGAUUUCCCAGCCAGGCCCUCCUGGCCCACCAGGCCCACCAGGACUUUCCGGGUCACCUGGAUCUAUGGGUCUGCAUGGCAUGCCUGGUCCCAAGGGGGAGCCGGGAUUCGGCAUAAAAGGGGAGAAGGGUAACGUUGGUGUUCCAGGAAGCCACGGAAUGGACGGCCUUCAGGGUUCACCUGGCUCUCCGGGCCUGGUGGGUCUUCCAGGAGCUAAAGGAGAAAGAGGCAGGCAGGGGGAGCCUGGACUUGAUGGUUUGCCGGGCUUUACGGGAGAGAAAGGAAACAGAGGCGACCGAGGAGAGAAGGGUGACAGGGGAACUGUCGGGAAGAGAGGACUGAAGGGUCAGAAGGGAGAACAGGGUCCUCCAGGUCUAGACCAACCCUGUCCUGUGGCUUGUGAUGACAAGAAAGAUGUGUCUGGUGUGGAAGGAGCACUUUCUUCUCCUCCGCCUCCUCCUCUUCCUCCUUCCGCCCCUGUGGCCCUGUGUCCUGUGGGACACGAUGGGCUGCCAAUACCAGGCUGCUGGCACAAGGAGGAGAUGGCGAGGCAGAAGCUUAAACGCAAGCGUCUCGUUCACCCUUGAGGGGGUUCUGCUCGGGCCAGGAGGAACACUUCGAUGGAGCACAACGCGCACUUCAAGUCUCCCCGGAUGGAAACUCUCCAGGAUCGGGGGUUGACAAAUCCCGCUUCUACCAAUAAACCCCGCCCCCUCCCCCGGAAGCUGCGGCUUAUGAUGUGGGUUGACGGCGCCUAAGGAAGGGUUGACAGCACAUGCAGUAUUACGCUUGGAUAUCUUCGAAUUACUCACCUAGAUAUAACGUAUGGCUGUUUUUGGAAAAAAAUUGGCCUUCUUUUGCAGGCUUUCCACUGUUUUUUUUUUUUUUGUUCAUGUUGCAGUAGAAAUGUGUGUUUUUAGGCCAGUUACAUUUAGCAUUCCUAUGCAUUGCCGUCGCAGUUUUCAUGCUAAACCUGAGCGUCUGUGUGGUACGUUUCCACAUCGCGCGUCUACUUAUUGCAGUGUUUUUCAACCUUUUCUGAGCCCAGACACAUUUUGUUCAUUGAAAAAAAUCUCCAGGCACACCACCAGCAGAAAAUAUUUUAAAAAAUUAAACUCAUCAGCUGAUAUUGACAGUAAAAAGUCAUUCUCGCCAUUGUUGGAUAUGAAUUUAAACCAUAACUAACCAUGCAUCAAUAUAGCUCUUGUCUCAAAGUAGGUGUACUGUCACCACCUGUCACAUCACGCCCUGACUUAUAUAUUAUGAGUUUUUUUCCUGUUUUCCCGUGUGUAGUUUUUUAGUUCCUUUCUUGCGCUCCUAUUUUAUUGUUGACUGUCCGGUCAUGUACGGAUGUACUUUGUGGACGCCGUCUCUGCUCCACAGUAAGUCUUUGCUGUCGUCCAGCAUUCUGUUUUUGUUUACUUUGCAGCCCGUUUAGUUUUACUUUAGUUUUGUAUAGCCAUCGAUUGAUCGAUUGAUUGAAACUUUUGAUAGUAGAUUAUACAGUACAGUACAUAUUCCGUACAUUUUGACCACUAAAUGGUAACACCCGAAAAAGUUUUUCAACUUGUUUAAGUCGGGGUCCACAUUAAUCAAUUCAUGGUAACCAGGCAUCCAUCACGAUAGCUCUUGUCUCAAAGUAUGUCAUACUUGCCAACUGUCCCGAUUUUUCCGGGAGACUCUCGAAUUUCAGUGCCCCUAAAAUCUCCCGUAGCAACCAUUCUCCCAAAUUUCUCCCGAUUUCCACCAAGUCACCAAUAUGGGCGCCCUUGAGCGUCUUCUACAACCUGUCGUCACGUCCUUUUUACCUACAUACUAACAUCGUGUCGGCGCAGCCAUACAUUGUGUGCGGCAUUUAUGCACAUGCUUAAACGAAUGCAACGCAUACUUGGUCAACAGCCAUACAGGUCACACUGAGGGUGGCCGUAUAAACAACUUUAACACUGUUACAAAUAUGCGCCACACUGUGAACCCACACCAAACAAGAAUGACAAACACAUUUCGGGAGAACAUCCGCACCGUAACACAACAUAAACACAACAGAACAAAUACCCAGAACCCCUUGCAGCACUGACUCUUCCAGAAAGCUACAAUAUACACCCCCGGUACCACCAAACUCCGCCCAUCUCAACGCCCCUCAUCUCCCAAAUUCGGAGGUCUCAAGGUUGGCAAGUAUGAAGUAGGUGUACUGUCAUCACCUGUCACAUCACGCCCCGACUUAUUACGAGUUUUUUUCCUGUUUUUCUGUGUGUAGAUUUUUUAGUUCCUGUCUUGCGCUCCUAUUUUGUUGUUGACUGUCCGGUCAUGUACGGAUGUACUUUGUGGACGCCGUCUCUGCUCCACAGUAAGUCUUUGCUGUCGUCCAGCAUUCUGUUUUUGUUUACUUUGCAGCCAGUUCAGUUUUACUUAAGUUUUGUAUAGCCAUUUAUUGAUUGAUUGACUGAUUAAAACUUUUAUUAGUAGAUUGCACAGUACAGUACGUAUUCCGUACAAUUGACCACUAAAUGGUAACACCCCAAAAAGUUUUUCAACUUGGUCCACGUUAAUCAAUUCAUGGUAACCAGGCAUGCAUCACGAUAGCUCUUGUCUCAAAGUAGGUCAUACUUGCCAACCCUCCCGAUUUUUCUGGGAGACUCCUGAAUUUCAGUGCCCCCUCCCGAAAAUCUCCCGGGGCAACCAUUCUCUAAAAUUUCUCCCGAUUUCUACCCAGUCAACAAUAUAGGGGCGUGCCUUAAAGGCACUGCCUUGAGUGUCCUCUACGUCCGCUUUACCUACAUACUAACAUCGUGUCGGCGCAGCCAAUAUUUAUGCACACACUUAAGGUCAACAGCCAUACAGGUCACACUGAGGGUGGUCUUACAAAACAACUUUAACGCUGGUAAAAAAAAAUAAGCGCCACACUGUGAACCCACACCAAACAAGAAUGACAAACACAUUUCGGCAGAACAUCCGCACCGUAACACAACAUAAACACAACAGAACAAAUACCCAGAACCCCUUGCAGCACUAACUAUUCCGGGACGCUACAAUAUACACCCCCGGUACCACCAAACCACGCCCCACCUCAAAAGUUGACAUACACUUGUAAAGAACAUGGCUGUCUUGAGUUUCCAAUCAUUUGUACAUCUCUUAUUGUUUGUGAUAGAGUGAUUGGAGCACAUACUUGUUUGUCACAAAAUAAACAUUCAUGAAGUUUGGUUCUUUUAUGAAUUUAUUAUGGGUCUACUGAAAAUGUGAGCAAAUCUGCUGGGUCAAAAGUAUACAUACAGCAAUGUUAAUAUUUGCUUACAUUUCCCUUGGCAAGUUUCACUGCAAUAAGGCGCUUUUGGUCGACAUCCACAAGUUGACCACAGAUUUUUUGUCCAGAAGAUCUUAUCUUUAUCCAUGUGAUGUCAGAUGAAAGAAAAAUUUAGCUGUUUGGCCACAAUACCCAGCAAUAUGUUUGGAGGAGGCCUUUGAGCCCAGGAACACCAUACCUACCGUCAAGCAUGGUGGUGGUAGUAUUAUGCUCGGGGCCUGUUCUGCUGCCAAUGGAACUGGUGCUUUACAGAGAGUAAAUGGGACUGUGAAAAAGGAGGAUUACCUCCAAAUUGUUCAGGACAACCUACAAUUAUCAGCCCGAAGGGUUGAGUCUUGGGCGCCGUAGAGUUUGAGUUUAUUUGGAAGAUGCAAACAUACAACAUGAUACAUCACAAUUUCCAGUUUCGAAAAGGUGUCGGAGGAAGCAGAGCUUAUUUAAUCCUACCCCUUUUCUUUUACAUAACAGUUGCUAAAGCUUUUUUCCACUUCCUGUUCUUAAUUUAUUCACAAUAUACUCCAUAAUUAAUCCCAAUAAAAAUAAACAAUGAUUGGUGAAGUAAGUUGUAUUUCAUAUGAUGAGAUAAUAUUAUUUUAAGAAUGAAAGGAUGGAUGGAUGAAAUAAAUUCAGAUUGUUUAUCAUGAUUCUUCUUUUUUGUACUUUGUAAACUUAGUAAAGCAGUUCCAACCGGACAAUGACCCAUAACACACAUCAAAAGUGGUAAAGGAAUGGUUAAAUCAGUCUAGAAUUAAGGUUUUAGAAUGGCCUUCCCAAAGUCCUGACUUUGGACAAUGCUGAAGAAACAAGUCCAUGUCAGAAAACCCACACAUUUGCACCAAUUUUGUCAAGAAGGGUGGUCAAAAAUUCAAACAAAAAACGCCUUAUUGCAGUGAAACUUGCCAAAGGACAUGUGAGCAAAUAUUAACCUUACUGUACGUAUACUUUUGAUGCAGCAGAUUUGCUCACAUUUUCAGGAGAACCAUAAUAAAUUCAUAAAAGAAGCAAACUUCAUGAAUGCGUUUUUGUGACCAACAAGUAUGUGCUCCAGUCACUCUAUCACAAAACAGUUGUAGAAAUUAUUAGAAACCUAAGACAGCCAUGACAUUAUGUUCUUUUCCCGACUGUACAUGAGUAGGUUAAUAAAAGUUAUCUACGAUACCACAUGCAAAAAAACUGAAUGUAAAAAAAAUACAUAUUUUAAUGUUUUUAUUAGCGUUUUUAUAAAUACCCAAGUAGUUCCACAUGUUAUUUUUCAGUACUUGUUUGCCUUAAAAGCUGCCAUUUCUCACCUGUAAUUAGUUUGAUUAAUGAUGAUAUUUUCAUCCCUGUUUUUUUUCCCCGUGUUGUUGCUGUGUGUUAUUUGUAUAAUAGUUUUUAAUUAAUAUUAGAAACAACCGACUAAAGUAUGACAUUUGGUUUAAUUGCUUGGAAUGUAACUGUUUUUAAAGCUGGUUAAAUGUUACAUCGAUGCCUGUGUGCCUUCUGGGCGGCAUAGCUCGGUUGGUAGAGUGGCCGUGCCAGCAACUCAAAGGGUUGCAGGUUCGAUUCCCGCUUCCGCCAUCCUAGUCACUGCCGUUGUGUCCUUGGGCAAGACACUUUACCCACCUGCUCCCAGUGCCACCCACACUGCUUUAAAUGUCACUUAGAUAUUGGGUUUCACUAUGUAAAGCGCUUUGAGUCACUAGAGAAAAGCGCUAUAUAAAUAUAAUUCACUUCACUAAUGUGUCAGGUUCAAGAACUUUUAUUGGUGUGUUUUGGUCUUUGCAUCACAUUUACAGGAUAUUAAACGUUUAGCUUUCUAAAGCUGGACUAUACAACUUUUGCAAGGUUUUGAAGUGAAGUGAAUUAUAUUUAUAUAGCGCUUUUCUCUAGUGACUCAAGGCGCUUUUACAUAGUGAAACCCGAUAUCUAAGUUACAUUUAAAGCAGUGUGGGUGGCACUGGGAGCAGGUGGGUAAAGUGUCUUGCCCAAGGACACAACGGCAGUGACUAGGAUGGCGGAAGCGGGAAUUGAACCUGCAACCCUCAAGUUGCUGGCACUAUGCCGGUUAGACAUAAUGUACGUGCACAGUCAUACGGGGAUGAUUGCACAGUAUAAAGAUUGGGGCUAAAUUGAGAAAUUUGCUUUACAUUUUGUUAAGGAACUAAUCAUAAUGCCAGCUCCAAAUUAUUGGGGAAUAACAACGUGUGCAGCAGUCACUGCAAUUUGUUUAUAAGUACAUUUUCAGUCAACGCACUGUCUUGGAAAGGCCUUUUUUGUUUAUUCAUUUGUUGUAUUUUUUUUCUUAAUUAAUAAUAACUAGGAUCAGUAAUCACAACAAUCGACCCUUGUCACGUCGUAGAUUUUUUAUUUUAUUUUUGGGGGUAUAUUAUAUAUUUUUGGACUAAAUUAAGCAUUCACAAGCAUCAAAAUAAAAAAAUUAUAUUAUUGCUAUAGUAGGAUUUCCCACUAGAUGAGACCCAACCAAUCAGACAUGCUGUUCAGUAUCGUGGCCUCCGAUUGGCUUAGCCUCAGGCCAGCCUUUACAGCAGAGGUCCCCAAACUACGGCCGGAUCCGGCCCCACAGUAUCCAAAAUCCGGCCCGCGGAAAGUCCCAAGUCUAAAAAAAAUAUAAACAAUUAUUGUUAAUUAUUUUUAAAAAUCUGUCCUUCUUAAUCCAUUUUUUACUGCUUGUUACUCUGUGUUUACUCACCGCUCAGGCAAAUCAUAUUGUCUAAAAAUGCAUUUUUCAGUCACGGGGGGAACUGGAGCCUAUCUCAGCUGCAUUUGUGUAUAUAUAUAUAUAUAUAUAUAUAUAUAUAUAUAUAUAUAUAUAUAUAUAUGUAUAUAUAUAUAUAUAUAUAUAUAUAUGUAUAUGUAUAUAUAUAUAUAUAUAUAUAUUUCUAUAGUCAUAUUUGAAAUAACUAGUGUUUUCCAUUUGUACUCUAUCUAUUUUUUAAUCUCAUGUCCAUUGUACACUGCAAGUUAACCUUGGCUUGAGGAAUGUGAGGAGGAGAGAUACUGCUUUUUCCUAUCUCAUCCUGUCUCCAGCUAAGGAGAACAAUAGACAUGCGUAUUCGUUCUAGAGGGUGGGGGCGAGGGACAUAUUGAAGAUCACAGCGCUUCCGUAAUGUUUUCAGAUCAACUUGGUGACGCGAUUUGAAUGUGUUGUUUUUAGGUUGGUCCCUCCAAAGCUUUGGAAUAAAUUGCAAAAUACCUAUUCUGUUCUGAGUGAUCAUUUAAACUCAGUUUAUGUGCCAUCAAAAGAACUUUGGAUUGACCAGUAUGAUAAAUUCCCUUCGAGGAACAUCUGGUCCAAACGCAACAAUAUAUAUAUAUAACCCAAUGCGGCCCCCGAGUCAAUAAGUUUGGGGACCACUGCUUUACAGUGUGGCAGUGACUAAGUAGGUGUUAAUCCAUGUCUAGAGGUCUCUCAUAAUAUUACAAUUUUUAUUUAGAAUGUUUUAUUAUUUGAAUUAAUAAUUCCUACUUUGCGGAUUUUCAUUAAUGGUCAAGUCCGAAACCAAAUAACUGCGAUAAACGAGGGUUUACUCGAAAGCAACUUCUCAUAAGAAGACCCCUGUUAUUUUUUUUUCCUUGCAUGCAAGUUGUGUGUGUAUUUGUACAUAAACAUUUAUUUGCAUAAUUGUACCAGAAACAAGUUUUCUGUACUCUCAGCACGAGAUGAGUUGAGAAUCAUGAGAAUGGUUGAAGUGCUUUAUGGGUGAAUCAAAGGCUUGAUUGGUAGCCAGUGUGGAUAUCUGUCAGUUAUCAUUUUAUUUCUUUUUGCAGAUGACAUCACUUUGAAGGCUUAUUAGAGUUGCUAAUUGUGGCACAACGCCUGGAUUGUUUGGUGUUGUAACCAAUAACAUAAUAUCACAGUAUUAGCUUGACUUUGGGAGAACGUUUGCUUGUGUAUUUGUUUGUAAAAGAAUUAAGCUAUUUUUGUAAUUAUUGUUUGAAUAUGUGUGUAAUUUGGUCAAUUUUACAUGCAGAUUGAAAUAAACUGAUUUCUAUGCUUUU